AAGCCCGACACCAAGAACCAAAAGACUAGUUACAAAAAACCAAUUAAAAAACCAACACCAAACAUGAAAAUGAAGUUGUCUAUCAUAUAUUCAAUUCAUAUAUGUUGGGUCCGUACGUACUCUGAUCUCAAUCCUUCAUUCUAUAAGGUUAACUUAACAAGAAGAAUAUUGUAAUAAUUAAGAAGUCAUUACCAAAAGGCUGUACAAGAUGAUUAGAUAUGGAACCUACAGGGACUCGCCAAAACCAUAAAACCAGUGUAAGGUUUAGCGAUGAAGCGAGCCGAAUCGAAAGCCAAGCCAGACAACAAGCUCGCUGUGAGGAAAAGUGAAGCCGCGGAGAAGAAGAAAGCGAAGAAGGCUGCCAAGGAUCCAAACAAGCCAAAGAGACCUCCAACCGCCUUCUUCAUUUUCAUGGAGGAGUUUAGGAAGAGGUUCAAGGCCGAUAAUCCAAACAACAAAUCUGUUGCAGCCGUUGGCAAAGCGGGAGGAUUGGAGUGGAAGGAAAUGUCUGAUAUGGAAAAAUUUUCAUACAAAGCUGAAUCAGAUAAAAGGAAGAGGGCAUAUGAGAAUGCAUAUGCCAUGAAAGCCUACAACCGCAAACAAGCGGAUGCCGCUCCCGGCCAGGAAGAAGAAGAAUCAGACAAGUCAAGGUCCGAAGUAAACGACCCCGAAGAUGACCAUAGCGGAAGUGUAAAGGGUUGGAGUGAUGACGAUUUUUAAAUAGCUUCGCUUAAGUACCUAUAUUCUCUAAAGGAAAAUGGGUAGUGUAUACAUUUCUAGACCCUUAUGCUUACCUUUUGCUUUUGUCGUU